AUGGCAGCCCUGAAACUUAUAAUCAUUUUCCUGAUGGCAAGUGCUGGUUUUUUGCGAGUUUCCGAGGCACAAACCUUUACCGCCGAGGAUCGCAGCUCCAUACAGAAGUUUAUGGAUUCUUUGUUGAAUUUUUUGGAACUGGAAAUAAGUAAUGCGACAACCACAACUGCCCCUUCGAAUGACACUAGUUUGGAGACCACUUCCCUGGCGCCUGGAAACUCCACUGAGGUGACAACCGAGGUUUCGCAAUCUUCAACCAACUCCACAUCAAGCGUUUCGGACAGCUCCACUUCCGCAUCCACAUCCACUUCCACAUCCACAUCCAAUUCCACAACAGCUAAUACAAAUACUACCCUAUCGACCACCACUGCCAAGCCCACAACCAUUAGAACCAGGAUUUGCUUUAAGCGUUUCUGUUAUAAGUUCAGCAACGACAAGGGCUACAUAGUGUAG